AUGUCUUCCAGACCAGAGGAGGAUCUCUGCUGUCCGCUCUGUCAUGACGUCUUUAUAGAUCCUGUAGUUCUGACAUGCAACCACAGCUUCUGUAAAGGAUGUCUAAAGAGCUGGUGGACGAAGAAACAACUCCACGACUGUCCAGUUUGUAAGAGAAGAUCUUCAAAGGAGUUUCCUCCUGUAAACCUGGUGUUGAAAAACCUGUGUGAGUGUUUCUUACAGGAGAGAGAUCAGAGCGCUUCAGAGGCUCUUUGCACUCUGCACUCUGAAGAACUCCAACUCUUCUGUCUGGACCAUCAGCAGCCAGUGUGUCACAUCUGCAGAGAAUCAGAAACACACAACAAACACAGUUUCAUGCCCAUCAAUGAGGCGGCACAGGUUCUCAAAGAAGAGCUCCAGACAUCUCUGCAUCCUUUAAAGGAGAAGUUAGAGUAUUUUAAAGAAGUUAAAGUGAAGUUUGAUCAAACAGCAGGACACCUGAAGGUCCAGGUUCAUCGCACAGAGCUGCAGAUCAAGAAGCAGUUUCAGAAGCUUCACCAGUUUCUAGAAGAGGAAGAGGAGGCCAGGAUGGCUGCACUGAGGGAGGAAGAUGAGCAGAAGUUCGAACGCAACCCUGCUCUUUCAGUCAGAGCCACAGAGGAGGAGCUGAGAGCUGAAGACGUCUCCUUCCUGCACAACGACAAGGCUGCAGUGGAGAGGCUGCAGCGCCCCCUGCUGGAGGAUCCACAGCUGCCCUCAGGAGCUCUGAUAGACCAGGCCAAACAUCUGGGCAACCUCACCUUCAACAUCUGGAGCAAGAUGAAGGACAUGGUGCCCUACUCUCCUCUCAUCCUGGACCCAAACACUGCUAAUCCAAACCUCUUCCUGUCUGAAGAUCUGACCUCUGUGAGACGAGGAGAGUAUCAGAAACUUCCUGAUAACCCAGAGAGGUUUGAUAACUUCUGCUCUGUCCUGGGCUCUGAGGGCUUCAACUCAGGGACUCACAGCUGGGACGUCCAGGUUGGAGACAGCACAUACUGGUUACUAGGUGUGUUAGCAGAGUCUGCCCAAAAGAAGGGAGACAUAUGGUCUGGAUUAUGGAUUAUGGAUUAUGUACGGACAUUCCCAAAUCAAAAGCCAUGGAUAAACUCCGAUGUGCGCUGUAAGCUGAGAGCGCGCACUAUCGCGCACACAGCGGGAGAUUUGGAGGAGUACAGGAAGUCUAGGUAUGAUCUCCGGAGAAUACAUUUCUGUGAUGGUGAAUACUAUGCAGGGUCACCAUUAGAUCCGCACACUCCUCUCAGAGUGCAGAAGAAGCCCCGGAGGGUCAGAGUGAAUCUGGACUGGAACAGAGGAGAGUUGUUGUUCUCUGAUCCUGAUACUAACACACACAUACACACCUGCACACACACUUUCACCGAGAGGAUGUUUCCAUACUUUGACAUUGGUGGUGAAGUGAAGAUAUUACCAGUGAAGGUGUGUGUGACGGUGGAAUAACGCAGCUAGAUAAAGAGAAAGAUUGUAUCUAUGAUGGUGUUUAUUUCUUAAAGAUUCACUGAAUUGAACCCCUGGAAUUCUUGUUACUUAGUUUUACAAUAUCCUUUUUGUUUUGAAUUGUCAAUCUUUAUGAACCUAAAAUACAUGCAUUUAGCUGGUUUUUGUCCAAGGGGAAACGUGGGUACAACAAAAAAUUGUAAGAAUCAUGCAUUUAUUCAUUAAAAUAUGGCGUUUCAUUUAGAGGCAAUAAGGGGACGAGUUUUCUUUAUGCUGUAUGUCAAAUGAUUUCACUCGGUGUCCGAACUUUAUGCUGGGUUGGUUUAACCUUUUCUGUUUUAUUGAUACUGUGUCAUUUUAAAUUGUUCAUUUUUGAUGUGUGU